CGAUCGGCUCAAAAGGGCACUGGAGACGCACAGCAUGGAGGCCGUGCGGUUCCUCAUCCUUGCUAAGGAGGAACUCGGAGACUAUGCGUACAACGAGCUCAUCAAGACCGUGCAGGAGAUUGUGAAACGAAGUGCAAAUCCUGACAGUGGAAUCACGAUCCAAAAAUGUGAAGAAAUUCUGUCCGAGGUGUUUGAUGGCCAGACUCGCCUCCUAAAGAGCUUCAAUCACUUUCUUGAAGCGCGUGACCCCUUCCACGACGAUAUGCUGCCGGACCCAAACGCUUUCCUUGCGAAAGUGAAGGCAUCCCCUUAUAUAUGUGAUGAAGAUUAUAAUGAUUUCCUGACCACCCUGUGUCAGUUUAGGACCACAAGGACCAUGACUGUAGAAGAUGUUUAUGAAAAGGCAAAGAGAAUCAUGCGUCAGUGUCCUGAGUUAAUAGAGAUCUUCAAAACUUACCUGCCUCCUCACCUAAGGGUGCCUGUACCAAAUAAGCAAUACUGUGGGAUUCCAAAGACUAGUCCAAUGAACAAGGCGGUUUUAAGCUUUACUCCAGAUGCUAAUCACAGCUUGGAUGGUAUCCGAAUGAAAGCAACCAAUAUCAAGAAUAACGUGUCUCAAAUGGAUUAUCACUUCAACCAAAACCAUAAAGGAAUAGAGUACAGUUUCAGGCAGAAACACACUCAGAGGAUCCCUGACUCCUUUCAAAUGCCUACAAGGGAAGGUAAUGGAGAAUCACUUCAUGCAGAAGAGUACGAGGGAGACAAGAUUGAUCCCUUGCCAGACUGGAGUCCCUCAAGAGAAAAUGAAUUACCUCCGAAAGUGGACCUCAAUAUCUGCCCACGUUGCACUCCUAGCUGUUACCUACUACCAGAAAAUUGUUCAACUCUCCAAUCAAGUUACCGGACUGAACUGGGACGGUCUAUUUUUAAUGACACGUUGGUUUGUUCUACCUCUGGGAGUGAGGGUUGCUUUAAGUUCAGAACUAAAAAUAAAUAUGAAGAAAAGAUUUUCAAAUGCGAAGAUGACAUGUUUGAGAGCGACAUGCUGUUGCAGCGCUUUAGAGCAACUGCUGACUUCAUUGGAAAUCUCCAAGACCAUGUUGACAGUGAUACAAAAAUUCAAGAACAUUUAAGUCCGUUACAUAGGAGGUGCAUUGAACAGCUAUAUGAUGAUUGUGGCCUCGACGUGCUUGAUGCUCUGUCGGAGAGUCAGUAUACCAGUGCUUCUCUUGUUGUUCUGCAUUCUCGCUUAAAUCAGAAGAUGGAAAAUUUGUCGGAGGCACGGUUAUCUUUGCAUAAAAUGUGCUCAAAUAUUAUUGCGAAUAAUUACCACAGAUCACUUGAUCAUCGCAGCUCCUCCUUCAAACAAUUGGACACAAGGCGGAUGAGCACAAAAGCUUUGCUUGCUGAAGCCAAAGAGAUCACGCGUUCAGUUUCAGACGAUGCUACUGAUCUUCGCAUCCAUGAGGACAUAGACAGCAUCGUUCGUGAUGAAUCUCGUAGAAGUUUUCCUUCUGAACAUAAGCUGCUGAUGAUGAUUUGGACAAAACUAGUGCAUCCAUUUGUUUCUGCUAAUUGUCAGUUGCCAGAGUUGAACGUUACUGUAGCUCCCAGAGAAGAUUGUGACGGUUGUGGUCUCAGCAAAAAUUUCCUCAAUAGCAUCCAUGAUGCUUUGCUUGCUAAUAAUUUUUCUUUUUCUUCAAAGAGAGGUGAAUGUUUUGGAAAUACGUGUAAUAAGUCUUCUUCUAUACAUGAUGAGAUUGAGGGUGAGUUCAUACCUGAUAUAGAAAACAUCCAAUUGGACGCCAUGCUUGGACCUGUGAACAGAGCAGCAAAUUAUGAUGUUGCUGCUCCCAGUGGAGAUGGGCCAACUUUCCGGUGCCCAGAACUUAGUGUUUGUGACCAUGGUAAUAAAUCUAAAGGGCAGCAUGAAUCAAGAGAAGGCUCCAAUAUCGAAAUGUACAGUUUAGCAUAUUUCAAAAGAAUAUCUGAAUUGCCUGACGUAAAAGGUGGCAUACCUUGUUGUUCUCUGGUUGUGCUCUGCAGGCUUCACCAGAUUUUGUAUGAGAGACUGCUAGUCGCAAAGGUUCUCUCGAGAGAAGCAAGUUCUAAAGCUCUCUCCCGAGGUUCACGCAGCUGUGAUUUAUAUGCAGAGUUUCAGGUGAAACUCUUUGAGCUGCUUGAGGGCUCUACUGACAAUUCCAAUUUUGAGAAGUAUUGCCUGAAUUUCCUUGGGCCGAGAUCAUAUAUACUGUUUACUCUGGAUAAGCUUAUAUGUCAACUUAUGAAGGAGCUUUGCAGCAUUUGUCCAGCUGAUGAAGACAACUUCCUUAUUCAGCCCAAUGAGAAAGUGAGAAGACCGAACCUGUCCAAAGAUUUAUUACACCAUCAAAAUGCAAGAAGCUCUCCAGCUCGUCCAACAAAUGGGUCGCUGGAGCAAGAUAGAGAGGAGAGAGAGAAAGGUAGGAAGCCUCUUGACGAUACUGUUAAACCGACGCAAAACCAUUUUCAGAGAAGGAAAAAGCCCAAGUUGGAGAACGGUGCAGCGAGUUGAUCUCAACCUGGCGUAGAUAAUUCAAAAUCUAUCUCCCGAAAGAAACUCAUAGGAGAAUAGUUGUAAAUUCUGUUUGUGUGUGUGUGUGUGUGUGUGUGUGUGUGUGAGAGAGAGAGAGAGAGAGAGAGAGGAGAGCCGGUUGAUUGCUUGAGCACUCGAGGUGAUAUGAUAAUAGUUACAGGUAUUGCAGCAUCGCAUCGUGUUUACUGAAGAAGAAGCUAGCUGGAUCGUGGCGAGAGGGGCAGCGGUGCUAAUGCUAUGCACCCUGGUAGCCGUGUGGUGCGACUCACCGGAUGUGUUAUAACAACAAGAAACA